UUAGCCAAUGAUAAAAAUGGUUAGGAACUUGAUGUAAACAGUUAUCAACAUGGCUCCGGGUGCGACAGUCGCAAAUGGCUCUAUUCAUAUGAACGGGAAUGUAAAUGGAAAAGUGUAUGCUCGAAAUGGACAUAAAACAAAUGGAACUCACCAUAAGCCAUCAACAAAUGACUGGAAAAGAACGUGGUGGGAAUCGUUUGAGGAGACCCCAUUAUAUGCAGCUAUAUGGACGUACCUUGGCUACGGUCUUCUUGUGUUAGUCGGUCACAUCAGAGAUUUCUUCCGAAAUAUAGGUCUAGAGAGACAAAAAUCCUGCACAGAACCAAAACUUCCAGGCUUUGUACCUCUGUACCAGAGUUGGGAGAGCUUUUACACGCGAAACCUUUACCGCCGAAUUCGUGACUGCUGGAACCGGCCAAUAUGCAGCGUAGCCGGUGCUUACAUGGAUGUUAUGGAUCGAAAAACUACUGAUAAUGGCUGGAACUUUGAAGUAACAGACAAGAUACAUCAUGUGAUGAACUUCGGGUCAUAUAAUUACCUGGGAUUUGCAGAAAAUCAGGGACCAUGUAAAGAUGCAGUGGAAGCCACAACAAAUAAAUACGGCAUUGUUGCUUGUGGUAGCAGACAAGAACAUGGUUACCUAGAUAUACAUAAAGAGCUGGAUGAACUUGUAGCACAGUAUUUAGGUGUUGAGGCUGCCAUGACAGUUCCCAUGGGCUUUGCUACAAAUUCCAUGAACAUGCCAUGUCUUGUAUCCAAAGGAAGCUUGAUAUUCAGUGACGAGUUAAAUCAUGCGUCUCUCGUCCUUGGAAGCAGAUUAACCGGUGCAACAAUACGUACAUACAAACAUAACGAUAUGGUAGAUUUAGAAAAGAAGUUACGGGCUGCAGUUGUGCACGGACAACCAAGAAAUCAUCGACCCUGGAAGAAAAUUCUCAUCGUUGUUGAAGGAGUUUACAGGACUCCACUGAGGUUUUUUGACGUGAUGGGACUGGAAGACCUUAGUGGAGUUCCUUUAAAGAAGUACAGUCUCAAAAAGUUUACACUUCGAUUCAGAGCAAAACUUAUCAAUCAUCUCCGGUGCAACUCGCAUGCAGCAAUUUACAGUCCGACAAUUCCACCUCCGGUAGCUCAACAAAUUAUUACAUCAAUGAGAAUUAUUAUGGGCCUUGACGGCACCAACGAAGGCAGUCGAAGGAUCGAACAAUUAAAGCAGAACUGCCGAUACUUCAGAAGGAGGCUACACGAGAUGGGUUUCAUAAUUUAUGGGAACAAAGAUUCCCCUGUGGUGCCCUUACUACUUUUUAUGCCGGCUAAAAUAGCUGCAUUUAGUCGAGAGUGUUUGAAACGUGGCCUUGGCACUGUUGUAGUUGGCUUCCCGGCAACACCAAUUAUAGAGUCACGUGCACGAUUCUGUCUUUCAGCGGCUCAUACACGGGAAACUGUGGAUAAGGCUUUAGCAAUCAUAGAUGAAGUAGGGGAUUUACUGAAAUUGAAGUAUUCUCGACUAGAAUUACCACAGUGGUGCGAAGAUGACAAAAAUGCUAAUGACAUUAUACAACAUUAGGCAGGGAGAAGUAACCACAGAUUGUCAGCAGACGUGUUUUACAUUUAUCCUCUCAAUAAGGUUGUGAUAUACUUUUCCAGUUCACGAUGUUACCAAUAGCAACCAGUAUUUGACCUAAUUACCUUAGCGACCAAAUUAUUUUUGUAUUUAAAAUUUAUUGAACAAGUGAUUUCUUUGUAGUCAAAUGUUUGAAAAACUGAACAUACACUUAAAUAUAUACAUUUGGAAAAAUCUAGAAUUACCCAGUAGGAUGUCAACUUGGAUGAGGAGUAUUUACUGAACCAGAAAUCAAGAAUUUUUAUGAACAUUGUGUCACCUUAGUGCAAUAACUGACAAACUCGAAUUAAAGUUAGAAGAACUGUUACUGCACUAAGGAGAAGAAUUUGAAACUAUUCAUGAUUGCUUUUGUAAAGUUAACAGUAGGGGGAUAAGAACAUUCCAAAAUCUAUUAUAAAUGUUUUGUCUUACAUAUUAUAUUAAGCAUAAUUAAAAUUUGUUGUAAUUAAAAAAUAGAUCAGGUUUUCUUAUUGAAACUUAUUCCAUUGUUAAGUUUUUGUAAGGUUGUCACAGAUUUAUAACAAAAUUUUAUAUUGUUUCAAUUUGUUUAACAUAAAAUAACAGGGUUAAGAAUUGUUGAAAAGGGUUGUACUUUAUCUAUUUUGUGUGAUUUUAAAAUUUAACAUGACAUUAUGCCAUUACUUUGAUUGAAAUUUCAUGUAAAUUUUCUUAUUAAUUUUUGUUAUCAAGGAAAAAAUUUGCUACAUAAGAUCUUUUGAUAAUUUUUUUGAUUUUUUUUCUCCAAUAGCAAAAAAUUAUGCUUCAAAAUUCUAAAAUUUGGACAUCUUGAAUCUAGAAUGUCAUUAGGUACUAAUUUGAUUUAUGUUUUAUUUAUUUAUGUUAUAAGUUGCAGUUGAUAUUACCUUACUUUAUUAGGUCAAAUUUUGACAGUUUUUUGGUUGAUCUUUACAACUAUUCGAUAAGAAUAAGCAGAGCUAUUUUUGUCACCCAAGCGUCGGCGGCGGCGUAACCACUUACGUUAAAGUUUUUGUAAUACCACAAAUAUUUUCAAAGUCCAUUGACAUAUGGCUUUGAAACUUUGCACACUUGUUUACCAUCAUGACCCCAACCUGUAGACAGGAGGAGGUAACUGUAUCAAACAUUUUGACAGAAUUAUGCCCCUUUUUUGAUUUAGAAUUUACGUUAAAGUUUUUGUAAUACCUCAAAUAUUUUCGAAGUCCAUUGACAUAUGGCUUUAAAACUUUGCACACUUGUUUACCAUCAUGACCCCAACCUGUAGACAGGAGGAGGUAACUGUAUCAAGCAUUUAGCAUAAUAUUGCCUCUUUUUCAACUUAGAAAUUACAUUUAAGUUUGCAUACCACCUCAGAUAUUUUCAUAUUCUAUUGACAUCUGGCUUUGAAAGAAGUUGAAAUUUUAUACUCUUCUUUGAGAGCAUAAUAGGACUCUCUUCAAGGCCUAUAACUGUAACAUGGAUUUAAAGAAACAUUUUGCCUUUUUGUUAACUUAGAAAAUUUUACAUUAUCAAGGCUUUUUUUACUAUCAAGCACUAAGAAUAGUCGAGCGUUACUGUCCUACCGACAGCUCUUGUUUAUUUUUAUAUCUGUAUUUAUGAUGUUGUUUUUGUACAUCACUAUGUCAAUGCAAUUCAAUGCAAGGAAGGUUCUUGACAUGUUUCAAUGCAAAAUAGAAUGAGAGAGGUUUUUUUGAUGCAUAUUUUAGUUAAAAGAUUUUGAGAAAAAAAUCAGCCUGGUUUGCUUCUACUAUGUAGCCAGACUAUAUAAAUAUACAUAUAGUUGAUUUAAAUGUCUAUGUACUUUGAAAGGGCGUGCCAUUUUUGUAUGUAUAAAUGAGUUUCAUAUUUAUUAUUUGGUACAGUCACGUAGCUGAAAAGGAAAUAAUGUUCAUGCGUUUAGCAAGUAGUCUACCAACGGAAAUUGAAUCUAUCCAUGCAACAAGUGCAGACCAAGAUUUGCCAGCAUAUAUGUUUUGGUCUUACUCACCAUGGUCUGCACUGCUAAAUAUUCAGCUAGUACAUAUUUUGAAAGUUUCUUAUAAAAAGGAAGAAUGGUUAAGUCCAGAUUAAAUGAUGCACGAGUCUUCUUGUGACAGUCUGUCAG